AUGUCGCCGGCCCAACAAACUACAAACGGAAAGGCAAAAAUCUCCCAUUUCAAUGACUGGCCAAAUACUCAAGGGUUUGAUGUCCGGUAUCAAGAACUCGAGCCCACCGAAUUGGAAAUUGUAGGCACCAUUCCUACAUAUUGCGCGGGCGUUCUAUUUCGCAACGGCCUGGGCCCACGCGAGAUCGAAACAGACAACAAUGGCGUAUACAAAGUCAGUCACUGGUUCGACUAUUUCUCACAGGUGCAUCGGUUUCAAAUCCACGCGCCAACUGCAGAACAUCCCGAUGUGCGAGUGACACAUAACUCGCGCUUAACUUGCGACGGCCUAGUAAAGCGUAUCAAGAAAACAGGUUAUCGAGGUGAAAUAACAUUCGGGGCUAAAUAUGAUCCUUGCAUGUCUGUGUUCCAGAAGGUACAGUCCUUCUUCCAUCCGACACCCAAAAUAACCCCCGACGGGGUCGACGUCUGCGUAACACUGUCGGCCAACUAUCCCGGGCUUUCACCUACGGGCACCAAGCAUGAGCAGCCACUGCAUGAAAAUGGUGUGCAGACAUUGUGUAAUAAGUCCGAUAAUUCGACCAUCCAAAUGCUUGACCCUGAGACAUUGGAACCAAUCGGUAUUGCGCUUCAGACGGUUUUGCAUCCUUCCCUCAAGGGCCCCUUAAGUGCUGCACAUGCCAAAACAGAUCCAGUUUCCGGGGAGGUGUAUAACUACAACUUAGACUUAGGCCGUAUGGGAACAUUCCGUGUAUUCAUGGUCUCGCCAUUGACGGGAAACACGAGCAUACUUGCAACUAUCAGUCACCCCGCGACAUAUGUUCACUCUUUCUUUCUGACGCAGAACUAUGUCAUCCUCUGUUUGUGGAAUGCCACCUUUCGCAAGGGAGGAAUACCGAUGCUGUUCAACCACAACUUUGUCGACUCGCUGGCCGACUACGAUAGUACAAAACCAGCCACGUGGUUCGUCAUCGAUCGUAACCCUGGUGGCCGCGGAGUUGUCGCGAUCUACGAGUCUGAAGCAUUCUUCAGUUUUCAUACAAUCAACGCUUACGAGGAGGCCUCGCCUCGUGAUCAUAGCAAAACUGAUAUAGUGGCGGACCUGUGUGCUUAUGAUAGCCUAGACGUUCUCAAACGAUUCUACAUUAACAACCUUCUCUCCGACUCCCCGACGGCCAAGUCAUUCAGCGACCCAUUUAAUAAAAAUGCUCGUGCAGCCUUCCGUCGCUUCCGUCUUCCACAGCUUCCUGCAACCCCCAACAAGACUCCCCUAAGCGCCACUAAAGAGUUUUCUCACGAGAAGGGCAUAUGUCCCGAACUGCCCAGUAUGAAUCCUCGAAUGCGACAACACAAGCACCGUUACGUUUACGGAGUGACUGACAGCGGGAAAAGUACAUUCUUGGACGGCCUUGUCAAGUUUGAUGUUGAGACGAAAGCAUCCCUAUUCUGGAGCGAACAUGCUCAGACUGCCGGCGAGCCCAUAUUUAUUGCCGACCCAAAUUCGAAUGAAGAAGACGCGGGAGUACUGUUGAGCGUUGUCCUAGAUGGAGUGACAGGAAAGAGCUAUCUACUUGUUCUUGACGCAACAACUAUGACUGAGAUUGGCCGCGCGAAAGUGAACGGCGUCGUUGGCAUGGGAUUUCAUGGGACACACUUUCCCAGCAUCAACUUAUGA